AUGGCCACGGCGAAUCCGCUGACACACGCCUUCAGUGCCUGUGCGCUGGCGUCCAUGGAGACGCGGGUGAUGUCGAACGGUUUCAACUUCAGCGGUGAGGCACUGGCCGCGUACACGCGGGCGCUGGCCACAACUCACGUGGCACUCAGAAACCCCGACCAGGCGUGUGAUGACACGACUUUGGCAGCCGUGCUGCUGCUGAGUCUCUUUGAGAUCAUCACGGCCAAGCAGUCGGGUAUGUCUGCCUGGGGCUCGCACGUCCAAGGUGCUAUCGAGCUCGUCCGAAGUCGCGGCCGAAACCAGCCAAAGACCAGGACAGAUCUCUCUCUGUUCAUUGCCGUCCGGACACAGAUGAUCAUGCACAGCGCAACAUCCGACAAGCCGAUAGCAAUGGGGGCCGAGUGGUGGAUCCGUGGAGCCGUCGGCGAGGUGGCGGCGGCAGCUUGCCAACGCCUUAGCAUCCAGACAGCCGAGCUGCGGGUAGCAGCCAGCCAGCAGCUAUCGAUGGCCGUGCGGACGUCCGAAACCAUUGCCCGCCUGCGCGGUAUCGCGCAACAGGCCGUCACGCUCGACCGUGCAUGUGUGGCCUGGGGCGAGCGCCUCCCAACGGCCUGGCAGCCGCAGACGGUGGCUUGGGAAGGAGACCGCCGCAUCGACGUCUACGCCGACAUGUUCAUUGCCAGUGUGUGGAACAUGAUGCGCUGCACGCGCCUUUCUCUGGCCGCCGUCAUCGUCCGUUGCGCUGCCUGGGAUCGCGCACCUGCCGACUACCGCACGACGCCCGAGUACGCGGCCGCUACCCGCACCUGCUCCAACAUCAUUUCCGACAUCAUUGCUACCGUGCCGUUCUAUCUUGGCUGGCACCUGCGGCAUCGCGACAUUGUCGAGACGCACUACCGACAGCAGCAACAGAAGCGGAGGAUGGCCGGGGCAGACGAGCCGCAUCCACCCAGCUUCGUCUGCGGCGUCGAGUCCGAGAUGAAGGGCCUGGCUGGCUACUUCUUGGCUUGGCCGCUGGCCAACGUCAACAGCCAGGACUACGCUACUGACGCCCAGCGCGUUUGGGCUGUCGGCCGCCUGCGAUACAUUGCGGGCGAUCUCGGCGUGCGCUUAGAGUCCCCUCCAUGCUCAUCCAGCGAGACCGAUUUAGGGCACAACAGCGCGCAGCCGCAUCCCCGACAGAUCGAUGAUGUUGGACAGGUCAAGUUGCUGAUCAAGGCUAGCGGCUCAAGUCCGUCUAGCUAG